CACAGAUUCAAAACAUGACGUCCCUCCCUCCCCUCCCAUCAUCCUUCACAGACCCAACCCUUCUCUCUACCCUCCAAACCUUUCUCAAAACCCACGCCCAGACCACAUGCUUCACACCCGCAAUCACCGUCGCUGAGAAAACCGCUUACGUUGAUCGUAUCGUUCAAGGUCUACGCGACGAGAGCGGCACAUGGAGCCAAGAUGUCUUUACCCACGUAUUAAGCGUGUUGCGUAUCCUACUACGUGAAUCCGUUGGAUGCGAUGCACUCUAUUCCGUUGAGGGCACAAAAUUGUUGGUAUUGCAUGCGGGACUCGGGUCAAAUGCGUAUCAACCGACGCCACACACAACAGAGGGACUUAAAUGUCUUUGUAAUGUCUUGUUGCAUUAUCCUGCUGCGAGGGGUGUAGUAUGGGAACUAGGUGGUGUGGAAAAGUGUGUAGAGAUUAUAAAGGAUGGGGGUUUAGCAUCUGAACCCACGUUUCUCAUAUUUCGGAUUCUGUUUUUGGCGACUGUUGAACGUCAAGUUGUGCAGACGGUACUAAAGAACGGGAUUGUUGGUAUAUUGACCGAGAGACUCGAGAGACUCGUCAAAGCACCUGUGGAGGGGAUGGAAUUGAUGGUGUUGAACGAGAUUUUAAAGCUUGUUUUUAAUAUUUCGGAUGAAGAGACUGAUUGUACAGGACUCGUGCCACCCAUUUUGGAUCUCCUCCGAUCAUACCCCCUUCCAACACCGCCACUCUCACCACCCAUCUCACACGCCAUUCACACGUUAUUGCAUUUCCCUACACACCACGACAUUUGGUUUCCGAAUGACGAUUACACACUCUUGCGAAAGUUUGUGGAUAUCUUGGAAGAGACUGUAGGUGUUCAUGGCGAGGAUGCCGAGGAGGAGGUACGCGUAGGUGGCGUGUUAUUGGAUGAAUCGUGUUCGCCUUUGGUGUUGGUUUUGGUGGGAGUUGCUAGAGGGGAUGUGCAUGCGAGAGCUGUCAUGAGAGACUGGAUCAUGCCAAAUGAUAUAGAUCGAAGUCAGCCGUUGGAUAAAGGGACGACAUUGACGGCUCGAUUAAUACGGUACAUGACAUCCAUCACAUAUCCAAACCUCCGACAAGCCGUCUCUGAACUCUUUUUUAUACUCUCCAAUGAAUCACCCGAAACCCUCGUCUCCUACAUUGGAUACGGCCCCGCCGCGGGCUUUCUCUAUAACCGUGGUCUCCUUCCUAGUGGUGGACCAGCACCAACAGAAGAUAUUGACCCCAUUACAGGUGAAUUCAGUGCGCAGAAGGCGGAUGAAGAGUGGAAGGCUAUGAGUGAGGAAGAGAGGGAACGGGAAGCGGAAAAGUUGUUUGUGUUGUUGGAUAGGUUGAAUCGGACGGGUGUUAUUAAGGCUGUGCCGAGGUUGGGGUAGUCAUGUGAAUACAUUUUGGAAGGUUUUUUUUGUGAUGUUUUUGUGAAUGUGUUUUAAUGUAUAUCAUUGAGUUUUUAAAAAUGGG